UCGCUUGCGGCAAGUCUCUGUGGCUAGGGUUUCCUCUCUAUCUCGCCGAAAACCCCUUUGUCCUCAUUUUCUCAGCAGCCAAACACAAAGAUGGUGGCCGGAAAGAAGACCAAGAAGACUCAUGAGAGCAUCAACAACAGGCUUGCCCUCGUCAUGAAGAGCGGCAAGUACACACUUGGGUACAAGACCGUGCUCAAAUCUCUCAGAAGCUCGAAAGGAAAAUUGAUCCUCAUUUCCAACAACUGUCCACCACUGAGGAAAUCUGAGAUCGAGUACUAUGCCAUGCUUGCAAAGGUUGGCGUUCACCACUUCAAUGGAAACAAUGUUGACUUGGGAACAGCAUGUGGCAAGUAUUUCCGUGUAUCUUGCCUGAGCAUUAUUGAUCCAGGUGAUUCUGAUAUCAUCAAGACACUGCCUGGUGAUCACUAAGACAACUGAGUUGAAUGGAUGGCUGCAUUUAAAUUGUCAUAAACUGCUAAGUAGAAUGAAUUUGCCUUUUUCUUUUUUUAAUUAUUUCCCUGGACCAGAGACAUGUGUGUUGUGGAAUUUUGUUCGACUAAAUGUGGUGCACUUUUUUUUUAAAAUCAAAUUUGACUUUGGUCACAUUUCGGAAUCAAACUAAGCAUGCUUCUGGUUAUAUAUGAUUGAGUGGAUGCCCCAUUUAUAUA